CAACGAGUACCAAUGCACCACCUGCGCCGAUUUUGCUCUAGUGAACAAGGCUCCGGGAUCCUCUCUUCCAGCAUUUUCAACCACCUUGAAGUUCCUUCUGACUGUGCAGUCUCGCUCUGGGUUGGCAGACACCUCGAGCGCAUGUCCUUGACGGAAUGCUACUUCAACUUUAGGGUCCUCGGUUCGAAGCUGACUGGUGCGGGGUCUAUUGGUGGUUCACGGCAACCCGAGGCGUUGCGCCUGUCUAUACGUUAUAACAGCAUCCAUUUAACUCUGUGGUUGUCCGGAGACUCUCGAUGUCGGUAUGUUGAACCAUACAAUCAAGUCGGGGGCGACGAAGGACACGCAAACGGCAACCCAAUAGUCGACCUCCGGUUCGCAUACUGCCCCCCAGCUCACUUCAACCAGGUUUUCCGCGCAGGCUUCUUCUCGCUUUCCGGACUCACGGCGCUCGACGUGAAAGGCGGUGACCUUCUCGACGACACGACUUGGGCGCUCCUCUACGGCUGCACGAAGCUGCAGUACCUGUCUAUCUCUAUGGGCGACCAGUACUCGGGCUAUGACUAUCGCCCGCUGUUGUCCGGCCUACUGGACUCUCCAGCUCUCUUCCCGGAUCUGCGCGUCCUGCACUUGCGAGCUGCACAGUGGCAUGUUCACCACAGGCAGUGUUGGCCCCCGUACUCUGACAAGCCAUUUAGUGUCUUGCUAGUCCGCCUCAUCGACGCUCGACGCGCGAUGGGACGACCAAUCGAGGAGCUUGAUUUUCCCGGUGUCGUACACGUGGAUUAUGACAACGACCUCGUCUGGCUAAAAGCGAUGGCCCGCAAGCAGCAUCCGAAGUUCAGCUGGUCAGAUCUUGAGCUCGAUUAUACAUGCGACGAUACGUGCUUCGCUUGUAUUGCUGAGAGGGGCGGGAGGCAGCGGCGAGUAGUACGAGGUCCUUCAACCAUGUUCCAAGGCAUCUGACGGCGCUGAAAACGUCUUCGGGAACCUUGUCUAUCGUUUUAUAAUCAGCAUGCAGGUGAACACUUGGUCGAAAGGAUCACUUUACUACGGCAGCAUGUUCGCUUCACCCCUCUUUCUUCGUGGCUUGUUCGCCUGGAUUGCCCGUCA